AGUUCAUACGUAUACUCCGCGCAUACUCUCGCAGUUUCUCGAUUUUCAUUCCGUCAUUCGGACGUUUGUUGCCCCUUGUAGCUGUUCGUUGUGCCUUCGCAUAGCGGACUUUUGGUCAUCGUCGUGGUGAUGAUGGAGUGAAGUGUUUCCAACCGGUCCUGAUGUUCGACUUCAUUCUGACAUUACCCUUUUUGGUUUCGAUCGAGCUUAGCACUUCAAGGAGCCUGUCGUGUAAAUGGAAGAAAGCUUCAAAGCAGUUUGAAGCUUUCGGUGUGGUAUUCAUGGAACUAUGAACCUAGAUUCGUUGUCUUUUGCUUUGUCUUAUAUUAGUUACUCUGUGGCCAGCUUGACAAAGAAGAACUUCAAGUCCAGUGUUCAGGAGAUCUCUCGCCUCCUUGCCCUGCAUGGGUUUGAAGCAGAACGACAUCUGCUUCGUUGCCUUUUCUCCCACGUGGACUUCAGUGGUGAUGGUAAAAGCAGCGGGAAGGACUUUCAUCAGACCCAGUAUCUGAUCCAAGAGUUUGCCUCUGUUCUGAGCAAGCCAAAAUUUGUGUCCAGCAUUUGCUUUGCCGUCGAAAACCCUCUUCAUCAUCAGAAGAGCCUGCGAGCAACUCCGUCACUCCUGCCUCAGAUCAGUAGGGUCUUGAGGCUUAGCCGAGCGCACGAGGUUGUUCUGGGCACUUCUUUGUUACACUCGUCAAGUGGAGAACUGCGCCUUUGUGCCAUCCAGUUUAUUCGGCACAAGCUUCCGGACUUGAUUCGCUCAUACACCGACUCUGACACCUCAUCGGGACAAGAAGGGGGCCUUCAGGACUGCACUCCAGAGGCUCUCCAUCUCUUGUUGGUCGAACUGCUGAACAAAACCCCCGAGCACUACGGCAUUAGCACGGAGCUGAAGGAAGCCUUCUUUGAGAAUCUGAGGAAAGACUUUCCCCAGGACCGGGUGCCAGUUGUACUAGCCCCACUUCUCUACAGCGAGGCUUCUGAUGUGCUGAUGGAGAAAGGGAUGACCGAGCCAUCCUCAAACAUGUCCAAACCCAUGGAGCCCUCGCAUGUUGAACUAAUCAAAGAGGUGGGCUACGGCUUCACUGCAAGCGUGGAGGAAUGUCGCCAGGGGCUGAUGGCUAUGGGCCUUCGAGACCCCGGUCCGUGCAUGGUGGCUCGGGUGCUGUGCAUGAUGGCCAACACUCACACGGGCCUCACGGAACCCCUCCAAGGUCUGGGAUCCUCUGCGACGGGCUCGUCCAGUUGGGGCCCGGACAAGGACUCUGGCCACGCCUCGUGGAACAUUGACAUCUUCGUCCAGGCUCUCUACGACCUGGUCCCGAGCUUGAACUGGAAGGAUGUGGUGGGAGAACUGGACUUCCCAGGGUUCUUUGUGAAGGAUCGGCAGGGCCUCAAGCUGCUGUGGCAUGGCCUCUGUCGGGGCCUUGGUAACGAGCCGUUCCCCACGGACCGCCUGUACCGCGCUUGGCGCAACCCCGACUCACAGUUCUCCUUGUUCCAUCACAUCAUAAAGAACUCGGACAUAGUGUGCCUGACCGACUACAAGUACAGGCCCGUGUCCAUGGAGAUACUCAAAGCCCUCCCCGAAGACGACAACCGGGACGUUUCCAACUGGAAGUCCUUAGACCUCAUUGAGACGCUCCUGAACCUGACCGAAAAAGUCCACAGUUCGGUGCAUGUUCAUGACCUGUUCAAGUACCCUGUCCAGCACUGCCCCGACUUGUUGAUGCUGGGCUUACUGCAGGCCUCGGGACCCAUGCAGGCAUUUCGUCACGAGCUCUUGACCAACCUUGUGUUUUUGUUCUUGAGCAACCACCCCAACUCUGCCAUUGUACUGCAAGCUGCCUGGAAUGUUCAGAACCAUGUGACCGUGGUGCGAUCAUUGAUCAUGCAUGCUAUGGCGGACUGGUAUGUGCGUGGCGGAGAGUGCGAGCAAGGACGCCUCUCUCGGAUCCUGGAUGUGGCCCAGGACCUGAAGGCUCUGUCGAUGCUGCUCAGCGGCAACUCGUUUCCCCUGGUCAUUGACUUGGCCUGCCUGGCCUCUCGCCGGGAGUACCUCAAGCUCGACAAGUGGCUCACCGACAAGAUUUAUGAGCACAAGGAGCCUUUCAUUCAGCAUUGUGUCAACUUCCUGAAGCGUCGCUGUCCCCAGAUCUUGGGUGGCAUUGUGAAGGAAGAAAACCUCCCAAAGAGUGCCCAGCUGCCGCCCGAGACUCUGGCCACUAUGCUCUCUUGUCUCCAGCAGUAUGCUGCGAAUGUGAGCCAGGAUCUGUCGGAGACAAUUCUGACCAUGGUGGGGAACUGCAGCAUCCUGUUGAACAAGCCGCGACAACCACCGCCGGGCGUCGUCAAGACCCCCCGUGGCCUGGAGCCGGCAUUCUCGUCUGCCAGCCUCAAUCCACCUCAGGCUGCUCAGCAGCAACAGCAGCAGAUGGAGGUGUUGAACUCGCUGGGAAGUUCGAUGGCGGGCCUGUCGCUGGGCAGUUCGGGUCCGACGGGACCCCUAGUGGGGCCUCCCGCCCCACUGGCGUCUGGGCCAGGAGGUGGCCCUCCACUGUUUGCGGGGGCCUUUGCCACUCCCGGCUCUCCUGCCAAGCUGUUUGCAGGACCCCCCGGCGCCGUAGGGGCUAGCACCACAGGGCCGCCGGCCCAGGGGGCCAACUUCUCGAGUGUGGUGCCCACCCUCGGCACUCAGCUCCAGGGGCAGUUUGGCUCUCAGCUGGAUGUGUCAAACAUUCUGCCAGAAAUGAACCAACCUGUGUCCAAGGAGAUUGAAGACGAAGCAAAUGGCUAUUUCCAACGAAUUUACAACCAUCCACCUCACCCAACAUUGUCUAUUGCGGAAGUACUGGAUAUGCUCAAGCGCUUCCAGGAAUCCCCGAACAAGUCUGAAAGGGAUGUUUUCAACUGCAUGAUCAAGAACCUCUUUGAAGAGUACCGGUUCUUUCCACAAUAUCCGGAGAAAGAAUUGAUCAUAACAGCCCAACUCUUCGGCGGAAUUAUUGAACAGAGCCUUGUAACGUACAUGGCCCUUGGUUUGGCUUUACGAUAUGUGCUUGACGCAUUGCGGAAGCCAUACGGCACCAAGAUGUACUACUUCGGCAUUACUGCUUUGGACAGGUUCAAAAGCCGGUUGAAGGACUACCCACAGUAUUGCCAGCACUUGGCUUCCAUCGCCCACUUCAAGGACUUUCCUGAACAUUUGAAAGAGUAUGUGGACUGCGGGGCACGUUCACAAGAGCCCCUUAACCGACCCCAGGGUCAGACCCUGCCCCACAAUCUGGCGAUGUUGGCCCAGGGCCUGAACCCGGCAACCACGACAGCAGGGGUGACUGUCCGUCCACAGCCGGCUCCGGCCUCUGCGCCCUCUUCGGGUACAGGCCUGUCUGCAACCGCUGGAGGUGUCGCCAAGCCCACUGCGGUAGGCGCCAAGCCCUCCAUAGCAAAUCCAACAAAUAUAGACACUCUGCUGGGAGCCACGGAGAAGGACGACAAAUUAGUGAUUCCCCCAGAGAGUGUCCAGGACAGAGUGUCGUUCAUCAUCAACAACCUGUCGCAGAUGAAUCUCCCUCAAAAGACAGAAGAGUUCAAAGAGGUGGUGAAGGAAGAGUACUGGCCCUGGUUUGCUCAGUACUUGGUUAUGAAACGGGCUUCCAUCGAGCCCAACUUUCACACGCUGUAUGCAAACUUCUUGGACACUGUGAAGGUUCCAGAACUCUCCAGGCUAGUUAUCCGGGAGACGUUUCGGAAUAUCAAGGUGCUCCUGACAAGCGACAAAGCACUGGCCAACUUCUCUGACAGGUCUUUGCUCAAGAGCCUCGGACAUUGGCUCGGAAUGCUCACCAUGGCAAAGAAUCGACCCAUUCUGCUAGUUGACAUGGAUAUCAAGUCCCUGCUGAUCGAGGCGUUCCACAAAGGGCAGCAAGAGUUGCUCUACGUGGUGCCCUUUAUCGCCAAGGUCGUGGAAUCCUGUUCAAAGAGCAGGGUGUUCAAGCCUCCAAACCCAUGGACAAUGGGCAUUCUGAACGUGCUCUCUGAGCUACACCGAGAACCUGAACUGAAACUGAACUUGAAGUUUGAGAUAGAAGUCCUGUGCAAGGCAUUCAACCUUGACCUCAACGACCUGAAGCCAGGACUGGUCUUGAAGGACAUGGAGUUCCGCAAGCGGCUCGACCCACAACUGUCGCCGCGGCACAAGCCUGACAGUCCCCCUCUGGCACCCUCAAGCACGGCGGUAGCGCCUCCAGUGGCCGCUGCUGUGGCACCCACUGCCCUGGUUCCUUCACUGCCUCCAGGGGUCUCUGGAGGUCCUGGGGGGACGCCGGCUGGGCUGCCACCUCCCCAGCCCGAGGAGGCUCCAACCUCCCUGGGGGCUGCCGCCCUGGGACCCUUUCCCCAGCCACAGUUUUCGUACCAUGACAUUAAUGUUCUCUCAAUGUCCAACUUGGCUCAGCACGUCCAAAUCAACAGUAAGCUUCCACUGUUCCAGGCACAUCCACAUUUGAAGCAGUACGUUCGCACAGCAGUUGAACGUGCCAUACAGGAGUGGAUUAUGCCUGUCGUAGAGAGGUCACUGAAGAUUGCUCUAACGACGUGCGACCAGAUAGUUCGCAAGGACUUUGCCCUUGAUCCCGAAGAAUCUCGACUUCGUGUGGCAGCCCACCACAUGGUGCGCAGCUUGACUGCAGGCAUGGCAAUGAUCACCUGCAGGGACCCAAUGUUGAUGACCAUUAGCAACAACCUCAAGGCGGCCUUUCAUACAGCCCUCAGGCUCCAAGGAGCAAGCCUUCCUCAAAAGGACCUCUUGGAACAAGCAACAACAGUUGUGUCCCAAGAAAAUGUGGAGUUGGCCUGUUGUUUCAUCCAAAAGACUGCCAUUGAGAAAGCUAUUCCAGAGAUUGAUAAGAAACUUGGCCAGGAAUAUGAGUUCCGUAAAGGUGCCCGCGGUGAGGGCCGCCGCUAUUGUGAUCCCGUGGUUCUGACAUACCAGGCGGAGAGGAUGCCCGAACAGAUACGACUCAAGGUCGGCUGCGUGACGCCUCAGCAGAUGGCUGUGUACGAAGAGUUUGCCCGCAACAUCCCGGGCUUCCAGCCCAUCUCGGAGCGCGACCAGCCUUCCCUGUUUCUCCCCAAACCUGUUGUUCGUCAGACAGGCUUCAGCAGCGGGGUGGACGACAUGACCCACCUGUACGACAAGAUAGUCACGGAUUUGGAGCAGCAGGUGCACGGCCUGCUGGGCACGGUGGUGCCUUCGAACCCACAGGUGGCUGCGCUGCACGUACUGCACGAGGCCGUGCUCGUGGCUCGGAACUCCCGCGACGCCGUCACGGCCAUGGCCCUGCUCCAGAAGACAGUGGAGAGCAUGGCGGAAGGGCUGAACCACUCCAUGGGGACGGAUCCCGAGACGGCGCUGCGCUUCCGGGAGGCCCACUUGGCCGUGCUGAAGGCCCUGGCCGAGGGAUACGGCCACCCCUGGGCCGCCAAGCACAUUACCCGUUUUCUCCUCGACCUUCGGGAAGAGGUGCGCUGGAACGUGGACAUGGUGGACCCUCUGCUGCGCUCGGGACUGCUUGUCCUCACCACCUUUGACCUGCACUUGGCACAGGCGAUGGAUAACGGGAUGAACUAUCCGGCCGUAGACUUUGCCAAGCACCUGGUGCGGCUCUAUUUUUCGGAAGGUCGCCACGGCGACUACAACCUCUCCGAGUCUGACCUUGGCAACACCUUUGAGACGCUCGUCCGCAUCAAUGCGCAAAACAGACAGCCUCAGGAAGGGCUGUCCCAGGUGAUGGAGAUGCUGCGUGGUGGGGGCGGCGGGGGCGCGGUGGAGUACGGGGGCGUGCCCAGCAGUGGGCCCAUGUCGAUGAUGCACUCGGGUAUCAGUCAGGCGCGCGAGUACGAUGACCCCCCUGGCCUGCACGAAAAGACGGAGUUCCUGCUGCGAGAGUGGGUCUCCAUGUACAACACUCCGAAUGCGGGCAAGGACUCCACCAAGGCCUUCCAGAUCUUCGUGCAGCAGAUGAACGUCCAAGGCAUCCUCAAGACCGACGACCUCAUCACUCGCUUCUUCCGUCUGAGCACCGAGAUGUGCGUGGAGCACUGCUACCGGGCUCUGCUGGAGCAGACGCCAGCCAACGUGACCAUGGUGCGCUCCAAGUGCUUCAACUCCCUGGAUGCCUACAUGCGCUUGAUUGCCCUUUUGGUCAAGCUGAGUGGAGAUGCUUCCAAUCCAACAACCAAAGUCAACCUCCUCAAUAAGGUGCUGGGCAUUGUGGCGGGUGUGCUGCUGCAGGAUCACGAAUCUCGCGGGGUGGAGUUUCAGCAGCUACCGUACCACCGCAUUUUCAUGAUGCUCUUCUUGGAGCUGAGUGCCCCGGAGCCCGUACUGGAGGCCAUAGGCUUCCACGUCCUGAUGGCCUUCUGCAACACGCUGCAUGUGCUGCAACCCUGCAAGGCGCCGGCCUUCGCCUACUCAUGGCUGGAGCUCAUCUCGCACAGAGUAUUCCUGGGCCGGGUGCUGGCCCUCACGCCGCAGCAGAAGGCCUGGGGAAUGUUUGCCCAGCUCCUCAACGACCUGUUCAAGUUUCUGGCGCCAUUCCUGCGCAACGUGGACCUCGAGAAGCCCAUUCAGCUCCUGUACAAGGGCACGCUGCGGGUGCUGCUGGUGCUGCUGCACGACUUCCCGGAGUUCCUGUGCGACUACCACUAUGGUUUCUGCGACCUGAUCCCGGCCAACUGCAUCCAGAUGCGCAACCUGAUCCUGAGUGCCUUCCCUCGCCACAUGCGCCUGCCGGACCCCUUCACGCCCAACCUCAAGGUGGAGGUGCUGCCCGAGAUCACCCAAGCGCCCCGGGUGCUCACCAACUUUGCCUCUGUGAUCCAGCCGCAGAGCUUCAAGAAGGAUCUGGACUCCUACAUCAAGACUCGGGGUCCCGUGACAUUCCUGUCGGAGCUGCGGAGCAACCUCCAGGCUACCACGGAGCCGGGCAUGAACUACAAUGUUCCCCUCAUGAAUGCUCUCGUGCUCUAUGUGGGCACCCAGGCCAUUGCUUACAUCCAGAGCAAGAGCCUGACUCCCAGCAUGAGCACCAUCACGCACUCUUCCCACAUGGACAUCUUCCAAAACCUGGCUGUUGACUUGGAUACCGAAGGGCGCUACCUGUUCCUGAAUGCAAUAGCCAACCAGCUUCGCUACCCGAACAGUCACACUCACUACUUCAGUUGUACCCUGCUCUACCUUUUUGCUGAAGCCAACACUGAGGCCAUCCAGGAGCAAAUUACCAGGGUGCUGCUGGAACGCCUUAUUGUAAAUCGUCCACAUCCCUGGGGUCUCCUGGUUACCUUCAUCGAUCUCAUCAAAAACCCAACUUUCAAGUUUUGGACCCACGAGUUCGUCCGCUGUGCUCCUGAGAUUGAAAAGUUGUUCGAAUCAGUGGCACGGUCCUGCAUGCAGCAGAAGCCACCGACGGAGCCUUCGGGUUAACCCAGGGCAGCAGCUCAUUCUUCCUUCACAAGAUUGUGUUCCUCUGUUUUUACUUGUAUCGACAUUGCAGUGCAGUGCAUUAUUCCACGCAGUUUCCCAUGACCACAUUCACUUUGUACAGGAGGGAAGACGUGCUAGGUGCACCCUGGGUGUUUCUAGUCCGAGUCUCGUAAAUAAAUGGUUGUGGGCAUGAGUAA